UAGAUCUGGAUCCUGAGCCCGAGCCCAGAGUGGAGGGACGAGGCCAGGUCGGGUCCACUUCAGGCAGACAUCAUGCCGAGCUCUCCCGGCUGCGCAGCUCCUCGCUGGAAAUUAAAGAAAAAGAAAUAAGAGAAAAGGGGUCAGAGAUCCUGAGGGAGCAACUGGACGCAGCAAAGAGGGAACUGAAACUAAAAGAUAAGGAGUGUGAGCGUCUGUCACAAGUCAGGAAUCAGCUGGAGCAGGAGCUGGAGGAGCUGACGGCCAGCCUGUUUGAGGAAGCUCAUAAGAUGGUGCGUGAAGCUAAUGUGAAACAAGCAGCAGCAGAGAAACGACUGAAGGAGGCUCAGGGGAAGAUCGAUGUUCUGCAAGCAGAGGUGACUGCGCUCAAAACCCUGGUGUUGACGUCCACGCCCUCCUCACCCAACCGCCAGCUGCACCCUCAGCUGCAGUCUGCAGGGUCCCGGGGAUCGUACAAACACGGCGGGGGCCAUGUCCGCAACAAGAGCAUCAGCGGAGCCUUUCAAACUUUGUCGACUAAAUCAGAAGCUCCCGCUGUUUCUAAGCAGUCUGUGGUUCAAGAGGAGAGAGAGAUGGACUCCAUUCUGUUCGCAGAGUUUUUGCUGUGGAAGGAACAGCCGAGCCUGGACCGAUCCUCCGCCUUCCUCGGUCGCAUUUACAAAGAAGACAUCGGACCCUGCCUGUCCUUCACUAGAUCAGAGCUGGCCCAGCUGGUUCAGAGCGCAGUGGAGAGCAACUCUUUAACCAUCGAGCCUGUGGCCGUGUCAGCGCUACCGAUGGUCAAAGCUUCUGCUUCAGAGCGUGGAGGUCCGAAAAAAUGUGCAUUAAGCGGUUUGUCACGAAUCUGUCGACAUCGCAUCAAACUGGGUGACAAGGAGAACUACUACUACAUCUCUCCCUCCAGCAGAGCACGGAUCACGGCCGUAUGCAACUUUUUUACUUAUAUUCGGUACAUCCAGCAAGGUCUGGUGAGACAUGAUGUGGAGCAGAUGUUUUGGGAGGUGUUGCGUCUUCGCAAAGAGAUGACUGUCGUCAAGUUGGGUUUCUACAACCCAGACCAGGGCUAGAAGACCUGAGAGUCCAUCAGAACACCCAGCAGCUCAUCACAGAACUCUCAGUAGCUGUGCUCGCACACCACAGGUCUUGGAUCAGUUUUUGUUCAAGGUGCACAUCUGAGGUUCACCAACAAGCUGAAAAUAUCCCAGUGCCACUUUUUUUAUAUGCGAUCAGGACAGAAUCAAACUAUCAGGGCAGGAAAAUGCAGAUAAAUAAAAUAAUGUACCAAGUAAUUUUAAAUAUAUUCUG